AUGGAGAACAAAGAGAUAAUAAAGCUGAAGAAAUGGAACCUGGUCGCCCUGUGGUCUCUGGACAUGAAGAUCGAAACCUGUGCAAUAUGCAGAAACCAUAUAAUGGAUACAUGUGUCGAAUGCCAGAACGGCAUGACAAACAAUGGCGAAUGCAAGGUAUCGUGGGGGGUUUGCAAUCAUGCAUUUCAUACGCACUGCAUAACAAGGUGGCUGAGCUCAAAGAACGUCUGCCCCCUAGACACAAAGAAGUGGGUCUACUACGACCCAGAGGAGAAAUAG